AUGUCCCUCACCAGCCAGUUAGACUGUCCGCCGAGUGUGCAACCGAGUGCCUUCCAGUCUGUUGCACACUUUGGUGGCAAGUCACCUUUGGCCGAUCAGUUUUCCUUAUGUGAACUGAAGCUGAAAACCUGGUACAACUUUAAUCUUCAGCUCAUGGAUUCCCUUUCAAAUACAUCCUUCUUGCUUGUCCUUAUACACCACCAUCACAGAUUGCUUGAGGUUCUUGAGGAGUUGUUCAAUACAAGGCGACUUGUGAACUUCACGGUCGGCUCAGUCUCCAGCAGUUGUUUCAGAAACUCAAUGCUCUCUAAUCUGAAAUCGUCGGUGUCGGAAACAUUGAUAUCACUAAGCAGCACUUACAGCGAUAUUUUCAAACACGCCCAGUUUCUCAACAUUGAAAGCUUCAAAAGCAUAUAUUCGAAAAUUAACAGGGAAACAUUUCAAACAUCAACAAACAACGAGGACCAGUUGGUGCACAUCAACUUUGAGAUAUUAGCCAGCUCCAAAAGCUUUUUUCUCUUCAAGAAACUGAAUGGAGUUUUUGAUUUGGAUGUCCUUCGAAACGAGGAGUUGGUUCUGUUGAAAAGUAGAAUUGAUAAGUCGAAACCAAAAUAUCAAUACUUAUUGGAAGCCGAUGAAGACGCUAGAAUCUUGAAAUCACGAAACUUUCGAGACUUCCACUACCGUCGCUUGACAGAACUUCGACUUUUGAACAAGAGAAUUUUCUCUUGA